AUGGAUGCAUUCACAAAGUUAUCGUUUUCGGCGCCGCCGCUCGGCCAGGUAGUAACAACAGGCGCAAUAUUGGCAGUGGUAUACUACAUCACUACCGCCAUCUACUGCGUUUAUUUUCACCCGCUUUCCAAGUUUCCAGGGCCCAAGUUUGCGGCCUUUUCUCGUCUCCCGUUUGCUAUUUCAGCCGUUCGCGGUCAACAAUACAAAUGGAUGGACAGGUUACAUGAGCGCUAUGGCAAUGUUGUCCGCGUGGGCCCAGAUGAACUGACAACUAUCUCAUCUGGAGCGUGGAGGGACUUGUACCUUCAACGACCACAGCUACCAAAGGACCCACAUCCACAAACGCCGCCAUUGAACGGCGCUGACUCGCUCUUCACGGCUAACGGCAGCACACAUCAGCGUAUGCGGAGGACACUCCUGAACGGAUUCAACGACCGAGCUUUGCGGGCGCAAUCUCCCAUCAUUGAAUCACAUACAGACCUGUUUAUACAGCGAUUGCGGCUCGAGGCAGCCAAGAGCGCAGACGGCAUUGUCGAUCUAGCCAAGUUCUAUGGCUAUGCAGCCCUCGACAUCAUUUCAGACCUGACAUAUGGCGAAAGCUUCCACGGACUUGAGGGCGACAACGAGCAUAACUGGAUCAUGGGAUUCUUCCUUGGCGCAAAGUUCGGCGCAGUGCGCAACCACCUCAGCUAUUUUUACCCACUUGACCGAAUCUUUGGUUUCCUGUUUUUGAAGCUCACUGCCAAGAUCCGAGCGCGCAACUGGAAGUAUACAGCCGACCUGGUGACGAAGCGCCUGGAAAUGGGUGACCUGGGGUCGACGCGGUCCGAUUUCGUCUCGCCAAUCAUAGGCAAUAUCAACGACACGAAGGAGAAGGGCAUCACCCGCAACGAGCUCAACACUCAUUCUCUAGCUGUAACCAUUGCUGGCUCUCAAUUGCCCACAGUUGCACUGGCCACGGCAACGUAUUUGCUGUUGACCCAUCCAGUUCAGCUGCAGCGCCUUCUAUCUGAGAUCCGGUCGUCCUUCCAGAGUGAAGCAGAUAUCAACAUCGCGACAACGGCUGACCUGCCGUAUUUAGCGGCCGUUAUCGAUGAAACGCUGCGAAUCCAUCACCCCACGCCGAUACACUUGCCCCGAAUUAUUCCCUCGGGGGGAUUGCAAGUCGACAAUCAAUGGAUCCCCGGAAACACUUCGCCCCGCAAUUGGACCGAACCGUUAGCCUUUCAUCCAGAGCGUUUCCUGGCACCACGCCACGAAUUAUACGAUGCCCGCUUUGACCAUGACGAUAAAGAGGCAUUCAAACCCUUCUCCAUUGGCACGCGUAAUUGCAUAGGCGGAAAAGUCUUUCUUGCAGAAGCACGUAUCCUCCUUGCGCGUACGUUAUGGAACUUUGAUCUCAGCCUUGCACCCGGAACACGGGUCAACUGGAUGGAUCAAAAGGCCUAUCUGGUCUUCGAGCCCAAGCCCCUUUGCGUUAGCCUGGUAGAGAAAGCGCUAUGA